AUGGGGAAAAAUGGAGAGAGCGCUACUAAACCAGCUUCAGCGGAAAAGAAAAGCACUGCAGCAGAACCACCCACUUCAGGGUUGCGGAAGAUCUACACAAACGCUAAAAGGAUUCGCAAAGAGGAAGAAGCUAUGUUAACUCUCUGCAAGAACUGUAUGCAAACCAUACGAACGAAAAAGGCUGCAGCAGAUAAGCUCCGAGAGGAAGCAGAGGCGGAAAUGGUUGCUAGCGCAGGUCGCCUUGACGAACACAUCCGAAGGGUCACAAGAGUGCUUGACGGGAUUACAAGGAUGCACAUAACUGAUGCCACUGAAGCUGCAGAAAGAUUGGGAAAGUUAUUGGAUAUUGAUGUGGAUGCCGAGGAAAAGAUGGAUAAUUUGCGAAAAAGGGUCGCCUACCUCGAAUAUCAACGCAGAUCGCAGGAGUCGAUCUUCUACCGAAUUUUCUGUUACAUCUACUCUUGUCUCCAAUGGAUCGCAGUCCAACUGAUUGAGUUCUACCAAACGCGUCGCGCCCUCAUGGAAGCAAUGACGCACUCAACUCUUCCACCAGUCUCUCCCCCACUGAAGCAAUCAGACGAGGAAGACGUAACUCUUAAGCAUCUUAGGACCGGAGCUGCAUGA